AACUAGUCAGCGUAAAGGUCUUUGAUGUGUAGCUCUGCAUUUACGACUAAUUCCAUCCUGGGAAUUUGUCAUGAGUCGCACCGUACUAGCAAAAGGACGGCUUUUGGGUCUGCUAUCUCGUGGGGUUUUUCGUAGAUCUCUUCAAGUACAGGCCGAGUCUGAAGGUGAAAAGAAAAUUGCAGAAAUUCUAAAACAGAAUUUCAGUGCUUCACAAAUUGCUGUCAAGGACAUUUCAGGUGGAUGUGGUGCCAUGUAUGAAAUAUUUGUUGAAUCCGAAGACUUCAGAGGAAAGAGGCAAGUGCAACAGCAUCGCCUUGUCAAUAAUGCCCUUGGAGAUGAAGUCAAAAGCAUGCAUGGCUUGAGGAUUUUCACAGCAAUCCCUGAGGAAAAAUAGUGCUUAUUUGGUUCAAUUAUAGUGGAACCAAGUCCAAAGAGAUGUCAAGUCAAUUUUGAAGCAUUAAUAUUGUAUCAGCACUCUGCAACAGAUCCUAAACUGGAGGCAGCUUUGAAUAUUUUAUCUAUUUUUUCUUUCUGUUUUCUAACAUUUUCCUAUUUUCUUUAACCCAAAAAUGAUUUUUUCAUCACCAAGCUCUCUUUUGAAGCUGGAAAGAAUCCUAAGAUAACACCUCACUUCUGCUUGUUUUAUCCUACAUUCAGCUUCCUUUAGAAUCAGAUGCUCUUUUUCCUGUUAACUAUCCUAGAACAUCAGUGUGGGAGGCUAACAAAUGCUUGACAUAAAAAAGAACAUUAAACAACUAGUCGGAGCUCAAGAAGACCAGAGCAAUCAUUGACAGUGUUCAUUUAGUAGGGUGGAAAUAUUGAAAUGGCAGUUUGGUCCGUAAGAAGCAGACAAAAUUAAUGUUGAUCUGUGGACUAAACAGUGCAUCUUUUGCUUAGUUUUUCUUUUAUCAGGGUGGAAAUGUUGAAAUAGCAAUUUUGUCUGUAAAGAGCACACAAAUGUUAUCUGUGGACAAAAGAGUAUCUCUGGCUUUGUUUUCUCAGGGUGAAAAUGUUGAAAUGGCAAUUUGGUGUGGAAAAAGCAGACAAAUGUUAAUCUGUGGACUAAACAGUGCAUCUUUUGCUUACUUUUCCUUUAUCAGGGUGGAAAAUUAGUGUUGAAAUGACAAUUUUGGUCUGUAAUGAGCAGACAGAUGUUAAUCUGUGGACAAGAUGGUGCAUCUUUUGCUUAGUUUUCUUUUACCAGGAUGGAAAUGCUGAAAUGGCAAUUUGGUCUGUAAAGAGCAGACAAAUGUUAAUCUGUGGACAAAACAGUGCAAAACAGUGCAUCUUUGGUUUUGUUUCUUUUACCAUGGUGGAAUGUUGAAAUGGUAAUUUGGUCUGUAAAGAGCAAACCAAUGUGGACAAAACAGUGCAGUUUUGGCUUUGUUUCUUUUACCAAAGUGGAAAUGUUGAAAUGGCAAUUUUGUCUGUAGAGCAGAUAAAUAGUAAUACAUGGACUUAACAGUGCAUCUUUAGCUUAGUUUUCUUGAAUAAAUAAAUGUAAAAGAAAUAAAGAAUUUGAACCCCUUAGGAAAUAAAAGAAAUGGAAAAUGUAGUAUACACAAUGAGUGAAGUUACCAUAGUUUCAGUCCUUUUUUUUUUUUACUAUUAAACCUUUAACUCUCAAGAUCUGAUUGUUUACAGUACUCUCCCCUGAAACUGUUACACAUUUCCAUGUAAAUCAGUUUGGAGAAAUUGGUGUUACAUCAACAACUACAUGAUAAGUUUGAGUAUUCCCAUGACUGGUUUACUGGAUAAUGCUUGAUUAUUAAAGGGAGAAGUUACAUUACAUGUUAAUCACUUCUGAGAGUUAAAAGGUUAACUAAGACAACACCGUAGCAUUGAUCUGAACACUCGCUGGUGUCAAUCUUGUUUGCCAGUCAUAAAUUAAAGCAAUUAUUGGAAUAAAAAUUGACUGAAGUAA